AUGGGUUACCUGGAAGACGAAGACCAGAAGUACUUGGACGACGUCCAGGCUGUGAAGCAGUGGUGGACCGACUCCCGAUGGAGAUAUACCAAUCGUCCCUUUACGGCGGAGCAAAUCGUUGCUAAACGGGGGAACCUGAAGAUUGAGUACGCUUCCAAUGUCCAGGCUAAGAAGCUAUGGAAAAUCCUUGAGGGCAACUUCGAGAAAAAAGUGGCGAGUUACACCUAUGGCUGUCUCGAUCCCACAAUGGUCAGCCAGAUGGCCAAAUAUCUUGACACGGUCUAUGUUUCCGGCUGGCAGAGUUCUUCCACCGCCUCUUCUACGGACGAGCCCUCUCCUGAUCUCGCCGAUUACCCUAUGAACACUGUCCCCAAUAAGGUCAACCAAUUGUGGAUGGCUCAGCUGUUCCAUGACCGCAAACAGCGCGAGGAGCGCAUCACUACCCCCAAGGCGCAGCGAGGCAAAGUUGCUAAUGUUGACUACCUCCGUCCCAUUAUCGCCGAUGCUGAUACUGGACAUGGUGGUCUCACCGCUGUGAUGAAGCUCACCAAGCUCUUUGUCGAGCGCGGAGCUGCCGGUAUCCACAUCGAGGACCAGGCUCCUGGAACCAAGAAGUGCGGCCACAUGGCUGGAAAGGUCCUCGUGCCUAUCAGCGAACACAUCAACCGUCUGGUUGCCAUUCGUGCGCAGGCUGAUAUCAUGGGCACUGAUCUCCUUGCCAUUGCUCGUACUGACUCUGAAGCUGCUACCCUCAUCACCUCAACUAUCGACUACCGUGACCAUGCGUUCAUUGUCGGCUCAACCAACCCCGACCUCCAGCCUCUGAACGACCUUAUGGUGGCUGCGGAGCGUGCUGGUAAGAGUGGAGAUCAGCUCCAAGCCAUUGAAGACCAGUGGGCCUCCAGGGCCGGCCUGAAGCUGUUCAACGAAGCUGUUAUCGAAACUAUCAACAAGAGCUCCCUGGCCAACAAGAAGAGUCUUGCGGAACAGUACCUGAAGGCUGUCAAGGGCAAGAGCAACACUGAGGCCCGGGCUAUUGCCAAGGGCCUUACGGGCACGGAGAUCUACUGGAACUGGGAUGCUCCUCGCACGCGCGAAGGUUUCUACCGCUACCAGGGCGGCACCCAGUGCGCCGUCAACCGUGCUGUGGCCUAUGCUCCCUUCGCGGACUUGAUCUGGAUGGAGAGCAAACUUCCCGACUACGCCCAGGCCAAGGAAUUCGCUGAUGGUGUGCAUGCUGUGUGGCCCGAACAAAAGCUCGCAUAUAACCUGUCUCCCUCGUUCAACUGGAAGAAGGCAAUGCCUCGUGACGAGCAAGAAACCUAUAUCAAGCGCCUGGGUGCUCUGGGAUACUGCUGGCAGUUCAUCACCCUGGCGGGUCUGCACACAACGGCGCUGAUCACAGAUCAGUUCGCCAAGGCGUACGCGAAGCAAGGAAUGCGCGCAUAUGGCGAGUUAGUGCAGGAGCCUGAAAUGGAGCAGGGCGUGGAUGUGGUUACACACCAGAAAUGGAGUGGCGCCAACUACGUUGAUGGACUGCUGAAGAUGGUUACUGGGGGUGUGAGCAGCACAGCAGCCAUGGGUCAAGGUGUGACAGAGGACCAGUUCAAGCCAUGA